CCAGCUGCAGGAACAGGUUGAACAGGAACCUGUCCCAGCUAGUUCAGACAUGCCUGGAGCAAGGGCUGGGCCGGCUGUGACCUGGGGAUACCCAGCCCAUCCGGGGGUCCCCAGGGCAUGCAGCUGCUGUCCCUGAUGUGGCAAGGCUCCCACCAGCACCCGGCUGUCUGCUCCACUAGCUGCUCUGGGCACAAGCCAUGAAGGAUGCCUGAGUUGAGAGCAUUUCCCCGAGUGCCUGCUGUCCCCCCCGUCCCUGGGGCCUGGAUAGCGCCUCACCGCCCUGCUUCUCCCUGAGCAAGGAACAGAAACGCUGAACGUGUCGCCUCUCCAGCAGCACCAGCUUCUUGGUAUUUCUGCAUCAGUAUUUUACCUUCUGCAGCCAGGAACGACUGGAAGCGCUUUGUGCCUGUAGCGGGCUGGCUGGCGAAGGCUGGCAGCAGGCUGCACACGCCAGGCGGAGGAGUGUGCAGGCUUGCGGGGACCACAGCCGGACAAGCCGAACCGCAGGGCUGCCGGGAGGCCUGGGCCAGCGGCUGCAGAUAACCGGUCGGCCGCAGGAGGUGAAAGGCUCCUAGGGAAGGGAGCUGGAGGAGACUGAGGCAGAAGAGAGCAGAAAGAGGAAGGAGGUAGCUGAAGGACGCUGCCCUUGAAGGUGUUUAAGACCCAGGCCCACAGGGAUGUGAGGCCGUAAUGGCCCAGUGCCGCAUCCGGCCCUACGAGGACGGGGACUAUGAAGCCGUGCGCACCAUCUUUGCUGAUGGGAUCCAUGAGAUCGCCCCGGCCAUGUGCUCCAAGCUGCUGAAGUCCCUGAAAACCCACCUCUUCCUCCUGGGGCUGUUCCUCGUGGGACUCGCCGCCUCCGGGUCCAUCCUCCUCGCCCUGCUGCCCGUCGCGGUCAUCCUGGUCGUGGCCUGGAGGUCGAUGAAGUCCAUAGUCACUGACUACGUGCAGCUGGCUCUGCGCACCGACCUGCAGGACAUCCGUAGCACCUACCUGGGGGCCACCAACACCUGCCUGUGGGUGGCUGAGGCCGGCGGGGCCGUGGUGGGGCUGGUGGCCGCCGUCCAGCUGCAAGACCCGGCGGAGAGGGGCACUGCGCUGGAGCUGAAGCGCCUGUCGGUGCGGCAGGCGUACCGGGGCAGGGGCAUCGCCCGGGCACUGUCCAGGACUGUGCUGCAGUUCGCCCAGGAGCACGGGUACCGGGCGGUCGUGCUGGAGACCUCCAUGGUGCAGCACGCAGCCCAGCAGCUGUACGAGCGCCUGGGCUUUCGGCUGGUGGUGACCGAGAGCCCCUCGCUCCUCGCCCGCCUGCUCCAGUUCUACAUCCUCCACUACCGCCUCGACAUCCCCGCGGCACCCUGACACCUCCUGCAGAGCCACGGGGGCUGCAAGGUCUCCACCGACCCCAUCCAGCUCCCCCGAGUUUGACCUUCAGUCUCCCGAACGCCAGCCGGGGAGCCCCCCUCGCCCAGGGUCCCGUCCCCCCACCAGCAGGAGUCGAUGUUAUCCCAACCCGGCAGUCCUAGAGCAUUGCUUCUCACCCAGGUGCCAAGAGAUCCUUUCAAGGGGAUGCAUGAUACAGGCCCGUCACGUCUGCAUGCGAAUCGCGAGAAACCAGUCAAAAUCCACAGGGUCACAACCCCCUGCACCGCUGGGACUGGCAGUUCAUUGCCGUGAGGAAUCGCUGUAUUUCUCGGGGGUCAAGAAGCGUGACUCCUCAGAGCCGGCAUUUCCUGGGGGUCCCUGAGCCGAGCAAGGGGUCCGUGGCUCCGCGGCAGUCCCUCCUGGGUGCUCAGCACGUCGGAGACGUCCUUGCCUGCUCUGCUGCGCGGCUUUACCUGGAUCACAGAUAACCCCGUGGGUUGGCUACGGGCAACAGGCAGCAGCAGAUCCACAGCCCGGCCUUUUACUUGCUCACAGCUUAAGGCAGGAAAACAAACACUUCUCCCAGUGCAACAACUGUCCUCCGCCGGGGACGUGGGUCUGCUUGAACUGGCUCUUUCCAAAUACACUUGUCUCCACAGUGACAGGCACCUGAUGCUAAUGGUCUGAUGGCUCAUCUUGGCUUAAAUUUCCUUUCGGGCCUGGAACGAACCUGGCUUCUUGGGGCUGUGAAAGGUGUCGGGUUGUCAGGGUUUUCGGACAUCCAAAAAGAAGGAUCCCUUAUUGCCUUCCCUCACCAUGAUGAGGCUCUGCUUGUCCUCAACCUGCAAACUGAUGGUAUCCAUAAACAGGUGCGGCUUAGCGUUUUUAUGAACAAAAAGCUGGAGAUCGAUGGUAGCAAAGCAGCAAGUAGCUCAGCUCUCGCACUGGCAUCGCGGCCACGUGAAGCUGCAGCGACGAUAGUGCACUCGGAGCAGGUAAUGCCGGGUCCCCUCUUAGAGCGUCUCUUAUCAGGCCAGGGUGGGCUGACGAGCGUCUCGUGGCUGGUUUGAGAUGGUGUGCCGGGGGCUUCCUGUCGUACGCUGCCCGUGCAGCCGUCACAGCUGAUCGGGGUCAUGCUACCAUCAGUCAGGUGCAGGCUUUGGGGGCCUCCCCUUCCCCGUCCUGCAGCCUGGCCUGGGCACCUUGCAAACGGCCAAGAUUAUCAACGAGCUUCCCGGAAACCCAUCCCACGUGGCUCUGCCUGGCCCCUGAGUGAGGGGGCAAGACCCUCCAGCCGGGACCCUGCAGGGUCGGUGCCAGCAGGAGCAUUGGCACAGCCCGGCCCAUCCCCAGCCUGGCUGCAGCAGCACCAGCGCCCUAAACCCCCUGGCACGUGGAGCAGAAAGGGGAGAAGGGGGCAACCAGCACAGCCCAGAGCCUGGGUCCUCCCCACAGCAGAGCACGGGCAUCACUGCACCUGGAUCACCCCCCACCGCAGUGCCCGUCCAGCCGCUCCCUGACACCUCCAGUGAUGGAGACUACCCCCUUCCCGGGCGUCUCUCCCAGCCUCGCUGCUCAGACAGGGAUGAAGCAUUUCCCAAUUUCCAACCUAAACCUGCUUGGCUGCAGCUUCAAGCCCCAGAGCCGCAUCCUGCUCUUGGCAGCCCGAGAAAGGCAGUUCUCCCUCUCUCCUUUCCGGCCGCUCUUCAGGGACUCAAGGGACCCGCGGCGCCCGCCAGAGCAGGGCCGGCUGGCUGGGAGCAGAGGUGGGAGGCAUCUUUGUACUGUCCCUUCCCACCCCAGCACUGACCUUUGCAGGGGAGAGAGAAACAGCCUGGCUUCCCUAGACACGCCAGCACACACAUGCAUGCACACACACGCACAUUCAUGCAUGCACAUGCAUGUGCACAGCCCGGAUUCUUCACCCCAGGCAAAGGCAGCAGCGAGGGCUGCCCCUGCCCUGCACGGGAAGCCUCUGGUUUGACAAAUCAGAGCCCGGGGGCCUCCUGCCCCACCAGGCCCAGCCAGACCCCGGGGCCCACCACGUGGCAGGGACAAGGGGCAGCUUGUUGGGCCCGUGUUGACCCGUGUGAGGCGCAGGGGGGCUGUGCACACAGGCCGGCUGUUUGCCGUCCUGCCUGGCAUGGGGCUGGCGUGUUUAUGUUGGAGCCCAGCUGGGCCCCGCGCCACCCUCCCCAGCCGCUUCCCCAUGCUCAGGUGCUUCUGGCUUGGGCUGGAUCCAUCUCCUGCGCCCGGCGGGCACAGGGGAGGGGGUAGUGCAUAUACAUGUGCACACACACUCAUGCACAUAUGCACAAGACCUCUGCGCCCCCCAAGCCUGGCAGUGCCCCUCACUCCCGACCCGCAGCCCGCUGCCCACCAUAACCUGCAGCCCCAACCGCCCACCCUUGUCUCCACCACCCCAUUCAACACCCUGCCCUCCCUCCGACCACCCAGCCUCCCGCUCCGCAGCACCUGGCAGAGUCAAGUUCACCAGCAGACUCCAACCAGGGACCUGCAACCCCCCCCAACCUUCCCCUCCAUGGGCUAGUACAAAGCCCAGUCCCGGUGAGAGUCUGGGCCAGGACCCGAGUCCUCCCCGAGUCGCACAGCAAGACCCCAAAGGCUCUGACCCCCUCCGCGGCUCCCAGCCCGACACGCUGCCGUGGGAUGGGCAGAGCAUGGAAAACCUACAGCCUUAAACCCUGCUACCUCCACUGCAUGCGUGUGCACACGCAUGUGUGGGUGUGUGCAUGCUUCUCUCACCCCAGGAAAGACUCCCUCCCCACCCCCACCAAGUGGCUGCUCCCUAGCUCUGCGGCCCCCACCAGACUGGCUGCGCCACUGAAGGGCCUCCAGCUCCAGCCUGUCACUGCGAGGGACACAAGACAGGGAGCAAAACCCAGGUGUCCUGCGCCCCCACGGCCCAUGGGGAGCCACGCUGAGGUACGAGCAGCAGCAGUAGGUUCUUACCCAAGGGCAAUGGCUGCACACAGGAGCAGGCGCUGGCCCCAUGAGAUCACAGCUUUAUUAUCCAAUCCUUACAGUCCUUAAAAACCCAUCAGCUGCCACGGCCCCUGGUCCCAAACGGCUCCAGCCGGGCACCUGGCAAUGGAGCAGCUGCCAGCCACAUCCAGAGGACAGGGCUGGCUUGAGUGGAGCAGCAGAGCCCAGGGCCAUGGCAUGACCCAGAUGGGCCCAGGUGGGACCCGACAGCCUCCGGCCCCAGCGGGAUGCAGGCAGAGCAGGGGAGAACAGCUCAGUGUCCACAUGCCGCACGGAGCAUUGCACAUGGCCCUGUAGUGUGCACA